GCGGCGUCGGCGAUUGAUGGUGUUUUAUUUUAUGUCUUGUAUCUAUCUAUAUUCUUUGCUUGUAUCUUGACGUAAAUCUUAGUAUGUUUUAAAGCCUUCGCCAGCGAGCAACAUCAAGCUGCAUAUUACCAUCUGAAAGUAGGGGCAAAGUUUCGAACACGGUGCAUUCGUUGAUGAGGACAUCAUGGGGAGGAAGUUAAAUUUAUCACACUUAUCUGAUGGAGAAUGCCGGCAAAUCCUGGAUGUUGUUCAACGAGACUUCCGGUUGCGGCAAAGAGAGAAAGAAAGGAUUGGUAAAUUAAAGAAGAAGGUUGAUGAGGAAGAAGAGAAGCGUUCAGUUCUUUCACGACAACAGGCAUUUAACCAGAAGCAUUGUAUGCGAUGUUUCUCGGCUUUUGGGCUGGUGUUCAACAAACGAGGGCAGUGUGUUGUUUGUCAUUACUUCUUCUGUAAAGACUGUCGAAUAUGUGUUAAUAGCUUUAUGUGGAUUUGUAAAGGAUGUAUUUUGGAGAGACAAUUUCAGUCUCAGGCAUUUGAAUGGUACUAUGACAAAAUAAAGGACCGGUUCCGUCGCUAUGGAAGUGCAAAAGUUGUACGCUCAUUAUACAAACGCAAGAGCAAUGAGUGCUUCGAAAGUCCAAGUGAUCAAAGCAACACAGAUUCCGGAUUUGAACAUCAACUUAGUCCAAACUGCCGAAAUAAUAGAUGUAGUAUUGCCCUGGAGGAUAAAUCUACUAAUACAGGCCUGAAAACAUCAGUGUGUUCAGCUUCUGCAACCAUUCAGAAUAAAGACUUUCUUGAAAGCAUGAGACCGGAUAUGGAGAAUGUAUCUACUCAAUGGCCUCCGGCAAGUCGUAGGAAUUCAUAUAGAUCAGAGAGUUUAUCACCUGACACAGAAACAUGGCAGAAUAUACGUCUUGACCCAAAUGUAUAUAAAAACAACACAAAUGAAAUAUCUGUAGAAGUGUUUUGUGAGAAAAUGCCAACGUCUCCAAUAUCAAAAGUUAUUACACAACAUGAACGCUUCUCUUCUGGCAUUCAACCUGCUGUUGAUCCUACUGUUACACAUCUGAAGUCACUUUCACCCAUUCCUGAAAUGUCUUCACCAGAAUGCAUCGAUGAUAAUGUCCUGAGUGAAAUUGGGGAAAGCGGUGCGGAGGAAAAGGACUUUGGUAGAGAAAGAUAUCACUGUGCAAGGAAUCGUGGGAUUUUGGGGAAAAUAAAUGGGUCUCCACUAAGACUUAUAAAACGAGGAUAUCCUAAAUGUAAUUCUGAGGAUAUCGAUAUACAAAUGAUAGAAGAAAAUGCCAAGCACAGUGAUCAAGAGCCAGAAUUAGAAACAAGUGACAUUUUGGGAGCAAGGUGCUCUAAACAGAUUAGACUGGAGGAUGCACAAGCUGAUUCAAUUGAUAGUGUGUCUGAUGUCAGUCUUCCAAGUAUGGGUGACACAGAAGUUGACAGUUUAGAAACGCAGUAUUUGUCAGCUCACAGCAAUCUCACCACUCCUGAUGUGGAGAAUGACUCUAACCCAUCGACUCCCAGUACACCUGUCCCAGGUAUGCUUUCCUUAGGGAAGAACAACAGCCACACUUUCUGGGAUGAUAUCACCUUGCCACAUAGCUCAAGUUCAGAAACUCUAAAAAGUGAUCAAGGGGAAGAAAGCCAUGAAUCACAAUUCUUUUCGACAGAAGAGUUUCUAGAUGAGAUUUCCAACAGAUCACCAACCAGCAAAACUCCUUGUUCCUCAGAAGAAGAGCUGCAUCAAAAAUUAUCAGAUACUAAGAGCAGACAUGGAAGUGAAGAUAGAAUGUCACCAUCAUCUUACAUCAGUUCUAAAAGUUACAGUACCGAAUACCACACAGCUCAAUCAGAACUAGACUCCAGAGUAACUUCUCCACUAAGUGCCAAGACCACUAGUAGCAGUGAAUAUUUCACAGCUUUUUCAGAAUUUUCAGAGACCAAAGAAGAUGAACAAAACAACAACACAAGAGAUAGUGAUGACAAUCUCAGCUGUUCCUCACAUGGCAGUUUGUCAGGAAAUUCUGAGGUUGGAGGAAGCAAGACUAAUUUAUCACAGAGUGGUGUGAAUGAUAGUGAUACUAAAAAUAGUUCAGCAUCAGCACAGGCAGUGGAAGAGGCGAGUGUAGCUUCUGUUUAUGCAAGAGAUUCUUUUGAUGAUGAUGAGGAUGAUGAAGAAACUCCAAACAACUCGCCAACAAAUAAGUUGAUUCGUUAUGAUUCACUGUCACUAGUUGUAGAGGUGUCUGAAGAUGACGGUGAGCUGCCGAACCCACCCCUUCCAGCAUACCAUAUGCCAAGAUUUUGUGCAGACUAUGAUUCUGGCCAUGAUAGUUACAGUAGUGAAUCUUCUGUUGAUCACAAUCGAAGAAGAGCUUUAAGGCAUUAUUUCAGAAAUGAUGUAAGACUUUCUCCUUCAUCUGAGGAAGAUCCACACUCACGGCAAGCUUCCUUUGACUCUGUUGAUAGCUAUUCUCAUAAGAGUGCUUCAUUAUCUUCACGACAGGCAUCAACAGAAUCCACAAGGACUAGUGAUGCUGGGUUGUCUCGAAAAGGUUCUCCAGAUGUAGAAAACCCAGUAAAUACAGAAUUUAGUUCUGAGAUUGAUGCACACAUAAGGAAUACGGAGAUCAGUGGUGAAUCAGUACAACAAGAAAGUGACAGAAUGUGCCAGAAGAUGAAUAUAUCAGAACCAAAUGAUACAUUAAAUGGUGAAGAAGAUAGCAACUCUAUGAUGGAGGCUCAAGACAGUGAUACAGAUUUACAAGAAACAUCAGAUCUCAUUAAACAAUGUGCAGAACAUAGUGAUGGCAACGGUGUAGUUAGUAAACCAGUUGAUUCCAUGUCUGAUUCCCAAAACAUUGGUGGGGAAGACACAUGCUUAAAUGAUCCAACAAGUCUUCAAAAUGGACUUACACCACAUGAAGAUUCUACCCAAGAAGAAGCUAUUAAAAAUUUAAUCAAAACAGUCCCGUCCAUAGUGAAUACUGCAGCAAUACUACUACAAAGUCCACCAGAAAAACGAAAGAUGCUAUCAACCAAAGCAGAACUUGAUUUAACCAAUCUCAGUAAAAAAGUUCUUAUGAGAAGAGAUGAAGUUUUAGAAUCAGCAGAGGAGAUGUUGUCUUCAGCCAACCAGAUGUCAAAUAUUAGUGAUCAGAUGGAGGUAUUAGAGCAAUGUCUGUCAUCGCUGGAGAAGACAUUAGUUGGUGACAGCGAAAGUGACGAGGAUGACUGUAAACAAAACGGAGGCAAUCUUUCACCCCAGGACCAGGUGGUUGAGGAUGUCCAAAAACUAGAACAGAAGUUACAAGUUCAUGAUCAUUGUCUAGGAAUGGAGACUGAGCAAACAGCUGCAAUUGCUGUUAGGAUGAUAACCAAUACUGCACUGAAAGUCCUUGCCACAACAGAAAAUGUAAUUGAGACUGAGCAUGCCCAGUUUGCAUCUGGUGAUGUUAAAACUCAUUCGACAGGAAAACCAGUUUUAGCAAACGAAUCCUUGUCUUCAGAUGCUGUUUUAGAUUUGAUAGAUCUUAAAGAAACAAGUGUUGAUAGUGUACAGGAAUUGUUGCCAAUUACAAAUGUAAAUGAGAUGCCUAACGGUAUGCAACACAUGCCAAAUUCAAGUGUAGAGACACUUGGUGAAGAUGCUGAGAUGGCUCAUGUUUGCAACACCCAGAAUGAUCUGGCUGUAAAACCAUCUUCAGUGGAAGAGAACGGAAAUUGUUUCGUUAAUGAUCAGUCAAUCCAUGUUACUUCAUCGCAUAACACAUCAACAAAUUUAAUUUCCUCGUCGUUGAAGACAGGAGCUAGAAGGAAAGAUUCUGUAAGUGGCUGUCGGAAAAAAAUGAAGGGGACAAUUGAAGACCAGUGUGACAUUGAGCACAUUGACGAAGUUGCUGAUGAAAUCAUCCAUCUUGAAGAGAAGGUAUAUCUUUCAGCUAGCCAUGUGUUCUCGCUGGAGGACAAGCUUAGCAAACUGGAAAACCAAGUUAGAGGCCUGGACAUAACAGCUUCAGAAGAGCUAAUAGGCGGCCUAGAAGAUGAACUUGCCCUUACACUUGCCCAGGUUGCCCAUAGUGAGAAUCAGGUGUGUUCUGCCGAAGACCGGAUUGACCAGUUAAAAUCAAGAACAGGCUUUGUCCAAGGUGAGGAGAAAGAGGAUAGAUUUAAUAAUUUCAUAAAGAAUAUAUCUGGAAGUUCAAAGCCUUUCUAUGCAGCUACUGCUAAUAAACCUGUAAGUGGUAGAUGUGAGAGCACCAGAAGGAGUGAGGUUCCAGAUUUUGCUGGUACAUCUUUUACUGAUAGACAUCAGAACCCUAGGAGUGAGCUUCCAAAUGGCUCUGCAGAUUCCCUCAAUGAUACAUUCGAACAUUCUAGUUCUUUACCAGUUGAUGAAGUUGAUGGUGAAUAUGCACUUGAAAGUGAUGAGGAUGAGAUUUUUCUGGUAGCAUCAUCCAGUUUACAGACCGAUCUUUAUCAGAAGUCUUCAUAUGGUACCUUCACAAGAUCCGUUUCGCAGCCAGAUGUGAGCACUGAUGGCAGCAGGCAGGAGUGUUCGUUUGAUGACAAGCGAUCUGUGUCGGUGACAGAUGUCAAUUGCGAAAUGCCUGGUCUUUGCAGUUUUCUAGAUGAUUCUAACCUUCAAUUUCAGCCAUAUUCUUCUAGUUCUGGAGAGUUCAGCGAUGACAGUCAGAGGAUUAGCCCUGGCAGUGAUGACAGUCAGAGGAAUAAUGGUAGUGAUAAUAUUGAGAGGGACAUUGGUGGAAGAGAUGAUAACCAGAGGGACAUCAAUGGCAGUGAUGAUAGGCCACAAAAUACUGUUGAUACGAUGUCUUAUAAUGUAAAUGAAGAUCCUACUGUCCGUGCAGCUUGUGAAAACACUCCGAAGGACAACAAUACGGUUGAAGGAUCUCAAAAUAGUGUCUCAGCACUUGUGUAUGCAUCAGAGGCUAAUUUUAAUUCUCCAGUGGAUCAAGGACACACCGACUCAAGAACACAAAGACAUGACAGUCAAUUUCAAAAUGAUUUACUAAUCAAUUCAACUUACGUAGAAUUAUAGUAUUAUUCUGGAGUAAGACAGAGCAUUACAUGAAGCAUAGACCAGAUAAAGUACAAAUCUGUACACACCUUGGAAAUUAAGUCCCCACCACAUCCCACCUAUCAUCGUUGGACUAUUUUGUGCGUGUGUAUGUAUGCAGACGUGUAGAGUUGGUUUAUAAUUGUUUGUGCUCCAUGUUACAAGGGUUCCUUUUCAGUGUUGACUAGUUUUUGUUGUUGGUUUCACAAUAUUUUAUCCAUCCAAGUUCUCUAAUCUAUUUAGAUGUUUGGCGAUCAAUUAGACUGAAUCCCUGACAAAGAUUGUAGAAUAAACAAAAGAUGUUCUCAUAAAACAUAUUUUAAUAUUCAUACCAUAGAGUGUAUGAAACAUAUUAUAUUAUAUAUAAAUAUAUAUUAUUAUAUAUAUAUAAUAAAUUUCAAUAAUCAAUUAAACAUUUCAUUGUAUCAUAUGAAACAUAUAUCAAUGUUUCAUAUCAUAUGAUACAUUGAAACCUUGAAUAGAAGUCCAGGGCCUCUUUGAUGGGCUUAUUUUCAAGAUUACUUUUGCAAACUACAGAGGAAGCUUCCUUUAAAAAUGAAUGCUGUAAAUUUUGGAAUUGCUACUAUACAACAUUUUUUAAGUAUGUAAUUCAAAAUUCUGUUUAAUAUUUUUAUAAUUUUAACCUUCUAGUACUAUAAAAUAUUAUUGAUACUAACAUGCUAUCAAAAUAAUAGGAUAAUGACAGUGUGAAUGUAGGUACUAUCUCGAAAGAAGCUAAUACACUGUAUUAUCUGUAUUAGAAGCCCAUGGGCUUUUUUGAGAUAGAUUUCUUUUCGAGAUUACUUUUACAAACUAAAGAGGGGGCUUCUUUCAAGAUGGGCUUCUUCUCGAGAUUAAGCCCAUAGGGCUUCUAUUCGUGGCAUUCUAUGACAGUUAUUUCAAUGUUUUAUAUUAUGGAAUAUUUAAAAUAAUAUGAAUGUUUUAUUGUUUUAUAUAAUAUAUAUUUAACAUUUUUAAUAGUUUAAUUUUUAUCAUAUAUAAACUUAUUUAAUAUAUAAACCAUAUAUUUUAAUAGUCAUAUAAUAGAGUUUCAAAAACUAUUAAACUCUUAUUAAGACCAUUUCAAGACUUUUUAAAUAUCUGUCAAUUGAAGGCAUAACUGAAAUAACGUCUACAAUAUGGAACAUAUUUCAUUUUAUUUAUAAAAUUGUAUAACUAAAAUACUGGCAUCAUAACUGUGGAACUGUCACUGGUGAAAUCAGGUUGUGACCUGUAUGUCGUACUGGUGCAGUUUUCAUUAAUAAUGUAUAAAUCAUUUUAACAUUAUAAAGUAAUACAAAUAACAUUUUUAUUGUCAAUUACUGAUAAUAUAUACAUUGGUUAAUUGAUCUUUCAUAUAUUUUUGAUUGAUUAAUUAAUUAAUUGUAAUAAAAAUAAGGUUACAUUUAUAUAGCGCAUAAUGCUUCUAUGCGCUUUAACGUAAACAGAAAAAGGAGAAAAAAAAAACGAAGAAGAACUAUAACAUAAAAUAACCUAAAACUAACCAAGACUACCAUGAACAGUGAAAACCAUCACCACCACACCAUUCACCAGCAAUUUAAAGUGCAAGAACCGCCAUUACAUUAUUCACAGUGUGCCAUAAUGGUGUGGUUAUCUAAAAUCAAAAACAAACAUCAGAAAAUGAGAAGAAAUUUACUAAUUCAUUGAUUGAGUUUGAUUGAUUGAUUAUUUGAUUGAUUGACUGACUUUUUAAUUAUUGAUCUAACCACAAUCACAGUUAAUUUUUUCUCAACUAUCAACAUAAAUAGUUUUUCUUUGCUGUCUUUUGGAGUGAAGCUGAAUACCAUUUUUCAGAUGUCAUGCUCCUUGUUGGCAAAUAUAAACAAUUGGUCAUUUAUCAAAGUUUACUAAAAUAACAUUUAAUACUUUCAAAACUAAAUGGUCAGUUUGUAUUUAUCUUUUGUUAGUCCUAUUUAGUUUUUUAAUAAUCCCAAAUUGGUAAUAUUAAGAUAGUUAUAAUUUUGACUAACCAAUUAGCACACAGAGCAACACACAUACCAACAGAUCCUCAUGCAGUCCAUUCAAUUUAGAAUUUCCAAAAACACACAGUGGCAUUACUAAAAAAUUGUACAAAAUAAGAAAAAAAAUAGUAAGAGAAUGAUAUAAAAUAAACCAAAAAAAUUAUUAA